GCGCAGCGGCCUCUCGGGCGUGGGGAGCCGCAUUUCUCCGCGUCGCCGCCCUGCCCUUGGAUUGGAGAUCAUGUCCAUUCAUAUCGUGGCGCUGGGGAACGAGGGGGACUCCUUUCACCAGGACAAUCGGCCGUCGGGGCUCAUCCGCACCUACCUGGGGAGAAGCCCGCUGGUGUCCGGGGACGAAAGCAGCUUGCUGCUGAACGCGACCGGCACGGUCGCGCGCCCCGUGUUCACCGAGUAUCAGGCCAGCGCGUUCGGGAACGUCAAGCUGGUAGUCCACGACUGUCCGGUGUGGGACAUUUUUGACAGUGACUGGUACACCUCUCGAAAUCUAAUUGGGGGCGCCGACAUCAUUGUGAUCAAAUACAAUGUAAAUGACAAGUUUUCAUUCCACGAAGUGAAGGAUAAUUAUAUUCCGGUGAUAAAAAGAGCAUUAAAUUCAGUUCCAGUAAUCAUUGCUGCUGUUGGUACCAGACAAAAUGAAGAAUUACCUUGCACGUGCCCACUGUGUACCUCAGACAGAGGGAGCUGUGUCAGUACGACUGAAGGGAUCCAGCUUGCCAAAGAGCUAGGAGCUACCUACUUGGAGCUACACAGCCUUGAUGACUUCUACAUCGGGAAAUAUUUCGGAGGAGUGUUGGAGUAUUUUAUGAUUCAAGCCUUAAAUCAGAAGACAAGUGAGAAAAUGAAGAAAAGGAAAAUGAGCAGCUCGCUUCAUGGAAUCAGACCACCUCAGCUUGAACAACCAGAAAAGAUGCCCGUCUUAAAGGCCGAAGCAUCGCAUUAUAACUCGGACUUGCAUAACCUGCUGUUCUGCUGCCAGUGUGUGGACGUGGUGUUUUACAGCCCAGACCUAAAGGAGGCAGUGGAGGCCCACAAGAUCGUUCUCUGUGCGGUGAGCCACGUGUUCAUGCUGCUUUUCAACGUGAAGAGUCCUGCUGACAUUCAGGAUUCCAGUAUCAUCCGAACGACCCAGGAUCUCUUUGCUAUAAACAGAGAGACUGUGUUUCCAGGUGCUGGCCAGGAUUCUCCAGGCAACCCACCACUGCGAGUCAUUGUUAAAGAUGUCCUCUUCUGUUCCUGUUUAUCAGAUAUUCUGCGCUUCAUUUAUUCAGGUGCUUUCCAGUGGGAUGAAUUGGAAGAAGAUAUCAGGAAGAAGUUGAAAGAUUCUGGGGAUGUCUCAGGUGUAAUUGAGAAAGUUAAAUGCAUUUUAAAAACACCAGGAAAGAUUAAUUGCCUAAGGAAUUGCAAAACCUAUCAAGCCAGGAAACCUCUGUGGUUUUAUAGCACUUCCCUCAAGUUUUUCCUUAAUAAACCAAUGCUCGCUGAUGUUGUCUUUGAAAUACAAGGUACAACGGUGCCAGCCCACAGGGCCAUCCUGGUGGCACGCUGUGAAGUGAUGGCAGCUAUGUUCAAUGGCAAUUACAUGGAAGCAAAGAGUGUUCUGAUCCCAGUUUAUGGUGUUUCCAAAGAGACUUUCUUGUCAUUCUUAGAAUACUUAUACACAGACUCCUGUUGCCCUGCUGGCAUUUUCCAGGCCAUGUGUCUCCUGAUCUGUGCUGAAAUGUACCAGGUGUCCAGACUGCAGCACAUCUGUGAGCUGUUCAUCAUCACACAGCUGCAGAGCAUGCCCAGCAGGGAGCUGGCAUCUAUGAACCUCGAUAUAGUUGACCUGCUCAAGAAAGCCAAGUUUCACCACUCUGAUUGCCUUUCAACCUGGCUACUUCAUUUCAUUGCCACUAACUACCUCAUCUUCAGUCAAAAGCCUGAAUUUCAGGAUCUUUCAGUGGAAGAACGCAGUUUUGUUGAAAAGCACAGGUGGCCGUCGAAUCUGUACUUGAAGCAGCUCGCAGAGUACAGGAAGUAUAUCCACUCCCGGAAGUGUCGCUGCGUAGUAAUGUGACCUGGCACUUUUACAGACGUACACUUUUAAAAUUAUUAUUACGAAAAUGGGAUACCUCUGGGUUCCAGUAAAAUUCUUGUGACCGCAACACAGGCGUUAAAAAAAAAUCCAUGGGUGUUUAAAAAAAAAUCACCAUUCAGCUUAAUGUGUUUACUAGCUCUCUCUGAAAAACUACUAUUGUGAUCUUAAAAGGGAACAAAAUAUACCAUAGGCUAAAUCUAAGGCUUCACCUAGUGUAUAACGCUGGUGUCCAGCUACUUAUUUUCUUUAAGAUGCCCUGUUGCUUUAGGGAUACUAAUAGCCUUCCCAGUUAAGAAAUGUUUAAAUUUUUUUUUAAUUAUGUAAGAUUAAUACAGAAAUUUCAUCGUGUCUGAUUAAUUGCUUUGUUAAAAUAAGGGGCAUUUAAAGACCCAGUUUGACUAUUUCUAUAAUGAAAAACCUAGGGGAGGACUGAUUAAUCUGAGAUUUAGGAAUCGUAAUUUGCCUGGGAUUUUGAAUGUGAAAUGACACUUGUUUCCAAAUCAGUGACAGUGUUUGAACCAUCAUGAAAAAAAAAUUCUGUUUUUUGUCUGAACAGCCCAACUGAGCCCCCUUGUUUCUUCCCGGGGACUCUGAUUAGGCAGGAAACCUAAACAGGAAUGACUCUAGCCAGGUAACCUAUGUAGGGCUUAGAAGGGCCCCCGCUUGGUUCUGUGCUCUGAUAUCACCACCUUGAAAUUCAUAAUAAUGCUCAAAGAGGGGCCCUGCAUUUUCACUUUGUACUGGGCCCCCCAAAGUUAUGUCUAUCUUGUAGCACGAUAUGUACUAUGUUUUUUUGCUCAAACAUCAUUGUCCCUGAAAGCAGAAAAGAGGGACUGACAUUGAGGGAAGAAGAAGAGGCCUUCUGGGGAGAAGAGAGCAUGUGGGGGUGCUGGGAUCUUUGGGGAAAUCUAUCCCCUCCAGGGCCUCUGUGCCACCUUGGCUAGCAAGUGAGAAAUGCCUUGUGUUGUCUUAUCUUUAAAACACUCAGAGUUCUGGCUCUAUCACAGAUGAACAAAUACUUUCUCGAUCAUUCUGUAAAACCAGGAUAUUGGUAAAAGUGACUGACCAGUGGGACUUUAAUACGUAUUUAUGGAGAUGCUCGUAGGAAAACAUGCUUUUUAGAGAAUUUGCUAUCGAAGACUCAAGAUGUUUUUUUGUUUUAGUAUAUUUACUAAGAUUAGGAUGUCAGUGGCUUGAAUUAUUUGAGUUCUUCUGAGGCCUGGUAAGGUUAUUUGACGUAGAGUAGCAUGAGUUUUGUCCUUCUAGGUUACCUGGUGAGUUAAAAGAAAGGAUACAGAUGAAAGACUUGUUACAUGUAGAGAAAAUGGUACUAGGGUAGAGGACAGAAUUAUAGUUUCUCUCGUGUUAUAUGUCCACAGAAAUAAUUACACGAGAAGCUCACAGCUGAGAGGUAGAAAGCCAGAUUACUAUGUUAUCAUUAGCAUCAUUUUCAUCUGUAAUGUAAUUCAGUAUUGGACAUAUUUUUCUUUUAAUUUCUAAGUACUUUAGAAUACACAUAGUUUCCCAGCUGUUCAAAAGUUUGAUUAAACAGUUUUAUACUAUAGCAUUAGAAUCACAUAUGACUAGUCCUUGGGUGUAUACAACACUGUCAGAGUGAAACUAUAAAAACUGCCUACAUAUUUCUUCGAAGAAACCUGCUUUUAAUUGAAUUGUGUUGAUGAAGAUUACUGGAAUGCAUUUUAUGGUUUUGUAUUUUAAUCACUUAAGUUAAUCAACUAUUGGCAAACCCCCCUUGGCAUGGACUAGUAUCAUAAAAAUAGACACUAGUGGAUUUC